UAAGAUUAGAUUAUAAAAUUAACUAUAAAUAUGUUAUUUCAAAGUACAUUUUUAAUAAAUAACAAAAUGGUGAUCAUUAAAUACCUGUUUUCUUUGUUUUUAACGUAUCAUUUAGUAAAAGGUGAUGACGUUAUAGUAACUAUACCAAAUGGCCAACUACGAGGAAGAUUAGAAUAUUCUCUGAGAAAGAAUGUCACCUUUUAUGCUUUCCAACAAAUUCCUUUUGGAAAGCCACCGGUUGGAGAAUUAAGAUUUAGGGAACCUCAACCAGCCGAACCAUGGAGUGGAAUAUUAGAUGCAAAUCAAAAUACCAAAGCCUGCUACCAAGUUAAUGAUUUCCUUAACAUAAGCAGUAUACAGACAGAAGACUGUCUGUUUCUUAAUGUUUAUACACCAAAAUACCCAUCAACCACUAACUCCUAUCCUGUACUAUUUUUCCUCUAUGGAGGAGGAUUUAUGGGAGGAGCCUCUACCUUUACCGCAGCUGGCCCACAUUAUCUUAUUGAAGGUGAAGUAAUAGUAGUGACGGCUAGCUACAGGGUUGGUCCAUUUGGUUUUCUUUCAACUGGAGACGCAGCAUCACCAGGAAAUUACGGAUUGAAGGACCAAACACUUGCGCUUAAAUGGGUUAGAGACAACAUUAAAUAUUUUGGUGGAGAUCCCGAUAAAGUGACUAUCCAUGGAGCUAGCGCUGGAGGAGCAUCAGUUACUUUCCAUCUAGCAAGUCCACAAUCCCGAGGUUUGUUCAGAGCAGGGAUUUCCCACAGUGGAUCACUCUUGAUGCCUUGGGCUUACCAGGAUGGAGCUAAAGAAAUUGCUUACCGAUUAGCCCAAGCUAUCGAUGGCAACUUUGAUCCAACUGCUACAACUGAAGAGUUAGUACAGUUUUUGAGAUCAGCUACCGCUGACCAAGUUAAUAUGGCUGCCAAAACUUUCCAGGAAAGCAUUGGUAAUGAACAAAUCGUCCAAGGAUUUUUCUUUGGUCCAGUUAUUGAACAACCGAGUGAAACUGCUUUUAUUACUGAACCAAUGUAUUCAACUAUCGAAGGUGGAAGGAUGAGCAAAGUUCCUUUGUUUAUCGGUAUCAACUCAGAAGAAGCUCUGGACAGAAUCACAUAUUCGUAUUUCCCAGGGUCUGUCCAAGCGUACGAUGCUGAUGUCAAGCAGUUAGUAAAUAGAAACAUGCAUAUACAAGACGAUGCUACCAAAGAAACCAUCGGGAAUGAAAUUAGACGCAUUUAUACUGAUGGACGUUUGCAAGACAAUAUGGCUGCUGCUAUAAAGUAUUUCAGUGAUAUGUCAUUUACACGUCCACUUAUUCGGCACGCCCACAUGCAGUCCAUAUACAGUGACGUUUACUUCUACCAAUUUUCUUACCAUGGACAAUUAGGAGGAAACAGACCAUAUCUUGAAGGUGCCGAUAGGGUAGCUCACAGUGAAGAAGGUAACUAUGUUUGGUGUUACGGAAACUGGUCAUAUUUGGAAUACUGGCCACCAGCCGAUGUCUUGACCAGUGAAAGAUUUCGUACCCUAAUGACCAACUUCGUAAAAUAUUUAAACCCAACUCCAAAACGUUCCAAACUUUUGGAUAACAUCAUUUGGCCGACAGUGAAAAACUACGAUUUCAAGUACCUAAACAUCAAUGAUACUUUAAGUAUUGAGACUGAUCCCAAAAAUUUAACUUAUCCCCAGUGGGUUCACUUGUACGACGAUGACAGCUACAGACCAUUUAUUACUUAUUAAAUGUAAUACAUAAUAUGUAAUAAUAAAGGAGUAUUUUAUU